ACCACGUGUGAAUUGUCACGACUCACCUCCGCCGCCGCCCGCCUGAGCUGAUUCCCUCAUCCGCCGCCGCCUCUCCUCCUCCACCUCGCUGCCCUCGAGCCGCACGCCACCUGUUCGAUGAAUUGCUGCAGCAGGCCACCCCGGUCCCCGAGCGCUCCCUGAACGGAUUCCUCACUGCCCUCGCCCGUGCGCGGGACUCCGCCACUUUCAGAAAUGGCCCUGCCCUCGCCAUCGCCCUCUUCAACCGUCUGUGCCGAGAAGAAGCCGGCUCGCGGGUGGCGUGGCCCACGGCCUGCAUCUACACCAUCCUCAUGGACUGCUGCUGCCGGGCGCGUCGCCCGGAUCUAGGGCCUGCUUUCCUUGGGCGCCUCCUCAGGACGGGCCUGAAGACAAACCAGAUCGUCGCCAACACCCUCCUCAAGUGCCUCUGCUACGCCAAACGGACGGAUGAGGCUGUCAAUGUAUUGCUUCACAAGAUGUCCGAGCUCGGCUGCGUGCCUGAUGCCAUCUCAUACAACACAGUUCUUAAGAGCUUAUGUGAAGAUAGCAGAAGCCAGGAAGCACUCGACCUGCUCUGGACGGUGGCAAAAGAAGGAGGUGUCGGCUCUCUCGAUGUGGUAUCCCAUAGCACUGUCAUCCAUGGCUUCUUUAAGGAAGGCGAAACAGGCAAGGCAUGCAAUCUAUUCCAUGAAAUGACACAUCAAGGGAUUGUGCCCAAUGUGAUGACAUAUAACUUGAUUAUUGCUGCGUUGUGCAAGGCCAGAGCAAUGGACAAGGCAGAGCUGAUCCUUCGGCAGAUGGUUGAUAACGGUGUUCGACCCGAUACAGUUACUUGCAGCUCGCUCAUGUCUUCCCUUUGCAAGCAUGGAAGAAGCAAAGAAGCUGCAGAAAUUUUUGACUCCAUGACUGCCAAGGGCCUCAAACCUGAUAUCGUCGCAUACUCUAUUCUGCUUCAUGGAUAUGCCACUGAAGGAUGCCUUGCUGAUAUGAUUGAUCUCUUCAAUUCAAUGAAAAACAACGGUAUUGAAGCCACUUGUCAAGUUUUCAACAUAUUAAUUGGUGCAUAUGCUAAAUGUGGAAUGAUGGAUGAGGCUAUGCUCAUAUUUACUGAAAUGCGGCGACAAGGAGUGAGUCCGGAUGUAUUCACCUAUACAACUGUAAUAGUCUCACUUUGUCGAACGAGUAGACUGGCCGAUGCUAUUGACAAAUUCGAUGAGAUGAUUGCCAUUGGAGUACAGCCAAACAGACCUGUUUAGCGGUCCCUAAUUCAGGUUUGUUGUAUAAAUGGUGAUGCGGUUAAAGCUAAGGAGCUGGUUUCUGAAAUGAUGAACAAAGGUAUUCCUCGUCCUGACAUUGCGUUCUUCACUUCAAUAAUAAAUAGUCUAUGCAAAGAAGGAAGGGUUAUGGAUGCACAAAAUAUCUUUGACUUGCUUGUUGCCAUAGAUGAGAGGCCUAAUGUCAUUACAUUUAAUUCACUAAUUGACGGAUAUUGCUUAGUUGGCGAGAUGGUUAAAGUAUUCAGAGUACUUGAUGCCAUGAAAUCAGUUGGUGCUGAGCCUGAUAUUGUUACAUACAAUACACUUGUUAAUGGCUAUUGUAUAAAUGGAAGGAUUGACGAUGACUUGGCUUUGUUCAGGGAAAUGCCAUGUAAGGGAAUAAAACCUGACACUGUUGCAUAUUGCAUCAUACUAGAUGGGUUGUUUCAUGCCUGAAGAAUUGUCGUUGCAAGGAAAAUGUUCCAUGAGAUGAUCGAAAGUGGAACAACAGUGGGCAUUCCCAUAUACAAUAUAACACUUAAAGGCCUUUCUAGAAAUAACUGUGCACACGAAGCGAUAGCCAUGUUCCAGAAAUUAGGUGCAAUGAAUGUGAAGUUUGAUAUUGUCACACUCAAUACCAUGAUUAAUGCAUUGUACAAGGUUGGAAGAAAAGAAGAAGCUAAGGAUUUGUUUGCUGCAAUAUCAGCCAGCGGGUUGGUGCCUAAUGCUUCCACUUACAGCAUAAUGAUAAUAAAUUAUCUGAAGGAAGGAUCAGUGGAAGAUGCUAACAAUAUUUUUUCAUCAAUGGAGAAGAGUGGCAUAGCUCCCAGUUCUCGUCUUAUAAAUUAUAUCAUCAGAAUAUAUUUGGAAAAAGGUGAGAACGCCAAGGCUGGAGAUUAUUUGUCCAAGGUUGAUGGGAAGAACAUCUUACUUGAAGCUUCAACUACGUCGCUGAUGUUGUCUCUCUUUUCAAGAAACGGGAAAUAUCAGGAGAAUAUCAAAUUGCUUCCUGCAAAGUAUCAGUUUUUUUAUGGAUUUGGUUGACUAGCUGGUUAUCUCAGUACAGUCGAACUAUUUUCUUGUCAUAAGGCCUUCCUGCCAGUAUAAGAUAUCCAAAGUGCCUGCUUGUAAAAAGUAGACACCUCGUAUUUCAUUGAGUACAUUUUGUGGGGUGUCAAGAUCACAAGAUUGUGAAAUAUCUAUGAGUAUUUAAUCUUCGACGGGUGAGGAAAGGUAGACCAAGUAGUCUAACACAAAUGGUUGCGAUCUGUUUUAUAUGUCAAAGCAAAUGGGUCCUGGAAGAAUCGACGAUUGAGGUUGCUGAUGCUAUGUUUGGGAGGAGAACUGCCAUCAGCCUCGCAUUGGUUCACCUUGCUUUACACCUCUCCACUUCAGUGUAAUGAAGCUCUGGACAUGGAAAUAUCCAUCCGUAGAAACAGCCAUGAAUAGCAAUAUAGCAUCAUUUGGAUACCGAGGAAGGUUAUCCGGCAGGUUUGUAAUAUCAUCCCUGUCUUGAUAACUUUCUUCUUGCUGUUAUAAGCAUGUAGAAUUGUUUAGCCUGACCAUGCUUCUUAAUAGGAACACUUUUUGGCAUGUCCAGCUUAGGGCCUGAACUUCUGUGUUCGCUUUUUUUUAAAUGGGCAGCAUCAUUCAUUCAUUUAGCUAAUUGUUCAGUACACACAAUGGUCCUGAUAAUUUCAGGAGCCUCGUUAUACCAACAGGACCCAACAUCAUGUACUGCUGAUUUUGCCAGGACAUGUACUGCCACAUUAGAGACUCGAUUUACAUGAAUAAACUGAUAAGAAGCUUGAGGCCCUACUUUUGAUAUCAAACACAACUGCACCUAUAUGAGAUCUAUCAGCCAUAUUGCUCUUUACUUUGGUAACCACGGUCAAACAAUCAGAUGUGUUGGCCCAGUGGGAACCAGGGUACCACGGCCCGUCUGCCUGUGGCCCGGGAGGCAGACCAUGGUCAAAUCUGUUCUACAAGCUGUCUCAGCCUACACCAUGAGCCGGUCAAAUCUGUUCUACAAGCUGUCAACGGAUCAAGAGCCAGUCAAAUCUGUUCUACAAGCUGUCCCAGCCUACACCAUGAGCUGCUUCCAAUUCCCAACAAAUCUAUGUACGAAGUUGACCUCUGUUUCAUCAAAUUUCUGGUCGGUGCAGCAAACAGAGCACGGAAGGUGCAUUGGCUUGGCUGGCAGAAGAUGUGCCACGCAAAAGGAGAUGGAGAAUUGUGUUUCAGGGAUUCUCAGGUUCUCAAUCAAGCAAUGCUAGCAGCAAAACAGGGUUGGCGCGUCCUAACUGAACCCAGUUCGCUAUGUGUCAGAGUUCUGAAGGCUAGAUAUUUCAAGGAUAAAGAUUUCUUCGAUGCAGGAUGUCCCAGGAGGGCCUCUUUCACUUGGCGCAGUAUCAUCUUUGGCAGAGAGCGACUGAAGAGAGGGAUAAUAUGUCAAAUCAGGGACAGCUCAACUAUAGGCAUCUGGCACAACAACUGGAUACCCAGAGCCAGAGUUCGGCAUCCUCUGUGAAGGAGAACUGAAACGAAUGUUGGGACAGUUGAGGAAUUCCUUGUACCAACAAAUGGGACGAGUAGCUCCAACAACUGUUCCAUGCAAGCGACGUCGAGGGCAUCGAACAAAUAGCAGCUGGAGGUGUUGGAACCGAGGAGUCCCCGGCAUGGAUUUCACCAAAAAUGAUCUUCUCAAUCAGGUCCUCUUAACACCUAGGAAUGCAGCAAAAGAAAUCCGUAACGAGGGAGUUCCUUCUCCUGCAGUGCACAUAAAGGUUGGAUACCUCUUUGGGAUUCAGAUAUUCCGAAUAAAACCAAAAUGCAUGCCUGGCUCGUCUCUUUCACUUGUGAUUAUGCACUAGAGCAAUCUGCAAGGAUGCAUUACAUCGUAUACUGAUCCCUCUGUGACAUAAGGUUUCGUCCAGAUUCCGUUACUAUUUUUUUACGGGGACCGUUUCUGUUACUACUGUGGUUCGUUACAAGUUUGGGUAACACAUAAAUCACAGCGACGUGUUACCGAAUCCUGAUGUACCAUUGUCCUCUUUUUAGGUAAAAUAUUAUUGGCUGAUGGGUGUUGAUGACUGGCGAGCUUCUUUCUGAUUUUGGCUAGGAACAAGUCCGGAGUUGCCAUUGCCGCACUCUGAUGGCAUUAGGUUUCAGGUGCAAAUUCCAGACUGCAGACUCAGUGUCAUCUGCAGUUGUUUGCUCCGUCCUCGUCUCCUCAAGGGUUCAACAUUUUCACUAAAGCUGAUGCACUAGAGAUUUGUUAGAUCUUUUUUACUGGCGCUGGAUCGCCAAUGCAGUAGAGAGAUAUGCUAGGGUGAUGCAUUGUUGUUGCCGUGUUCAUUCUUUGCUUGUCGCCACAAUAGCUGUAAAAAGAGAUAUUGUCGAUGAAGAU